AUGACAUCAACAAUUGUCGAGACAGAUACGUCGCGAGCAACACCGGCCACUAUCAAUCUUUCUAUUUUCCCUGAUGGAUUGAAGACAUCAGGACAGCACCCACCGGUGUAUUCACGAGUUCGUCCUUACAUCGACUUUCCAAAGGUUCACGGAGGGCCCACUGUGUGGAAGGCUGAGGACUAUCGUGAAAACCCGCAGCUUUGGACUCAUCAUUUCACUGGUGAGGAAAUCAAAGAGCUUGGAGCUGUAACGGAUGACUUCAUUCAAAAAGACUUGCCUCUGACGGGUAUCUCCAAGACAAACUUCCCCCUUCCCAAGCUUUCUAUUCGGCUCGAAGCGUUGCGAAGAGACUUGAUCGAUGGCAAAGGCUUCUUCCUAUUCAAGGGUAUUCCUGUCCGUGAGUGGGAUCUCCGUAAAUGCGCAACUGCGUAUAUGGGACUUGGAACCUAUCUGGGAUACUUCACAAGCCAGAACGGUCGUGGACACGUUCUAGGCCAUGUCAAGGAUCUUGGAGAGGAUCCUACUAAGACGGAUAGAGUCCGCAUCUACCGUACAAACGCUCGCCAAUAUUUCCACACUGAUGGUUCUGACAUCGUGGGCCUUCUCUGCAUCGCCAAAUCUCUUUCUGGGGGUGAAUCCGAUAUUGUCUCCACACACCAUUUGUUUAACGUGCUUCAAGAGAGACACCCUGAUGUUGUUGAAACCCUGGUCGAACCUAAUUGGUAUUUCGAUCGCAAGGGUGAGGUCUCAGACGGUCAAGAGCCCUGGAUUCGUGGCAGCAUAUUUUACCUUGAAAAUGAGCGCGCGGGUGACAACCCUCGAGUUUAUGCCAGAUUCGACCCGAUGAACGUCACUUCUCUUUCUCGAUUCAAUUCGGGGCCCGACGCCAAAAUCCCCCCUCUCUCGGAAAAACAGAAGUAUGCCAUGGAGAUCUUUGAGAAAACCUGCGGUGAACUUGCUCUGCACAUGAUCCUGGCCCCUGGUGAUAUUCAGUUUGUGAGCAACUCGCACAUUUUUCACGCACGAACUGCCUACACUGAUCAUCCUCCCGGUGCUGUUGAUGAGAACGGUCAACCUGCUCGGCGACGACACUUGAUGAGACUUUGGCUCUCUGCGCCCGAAUCCGAAGGUGGUUGGAAACUUCCGUAUCGUGACACACUUGAAAAGAAGCGCGGUGGUAUUCAAGUCAAUGAUCAGGCACCCGUUUGUCCUUUGGAUGCUGAGUGA